AAAUGGCCGCAGAUUUGGCGGAAAUUUUAAAUAUGUAAAUAAUUGUAAGCACAAGUUACUCAGUCAUAACCUAAUACAUAGUCGCUUUUUAUGCAAUUGAUUUUAAAAAGUAAUUUAUAAAUAAAUAUUUAAUUAUGAAAAUGUCUUACUCAAAAUUAAAAUAUUCUAAUAUGUUUCUGAACAGUAUCAGAAAGUACAGCACUGAAAUUUCUGAAAAAUCAACUAAAUGGAACUCGGUAGUUGGUUUAGAAAUUCAUGCUCAAAUAUCUUCAGAAUCAAAAUUAUUCUCUGGUGCAAGUACAGCUUAUGGACAACCAGUUAAUUCCUGUGUUUCUUUUUUUGAUUGUGCGACUCCAGGAACACUUCCAGUACUAAAUAGAAAAUGUGUUGAAGCAGGAGUCCUUACUGCGUUAGCUCUUUCAUGUGACGUAAAUGAAACAUCUUUAUUUGACAGGAAACAUUAUUUCUACGCUGAUUUACCAGCAGGCUAUCAGAUUACUCAGCAAAGACAACCGCUAGCAGUGAACGGUAGCCUUAAGUUCAAUGUGUGGACUCCGGGUGUCCACAAAACGCCGUAUGAAAAAGUAACGAGGAUAAAACAAAUACAAUUGGAGCAAGACAGUGGCAAAAGUCUGCAUGAUACUUACAUAAAUAAAAGCCUCAUUGAUUUGAACAGAGCUGGUAUGCCUUUGAUGGAACUGGUAUUUGAACCAGACUUAUCAGAUGGCGAAGAAGCUGCUGGUUUAGUUAAAGAGCUGAUGAAUAUUCUACUAAGAUUAGGAACUUGUUCAUGUAAAAUGGAAGAGGGAGCGUUGCGAGUAGAUGCGAAUGUUUCUGUAAAUAAAGAAAAUGAGCCAUUGGGUACGCGCACAGAAAUUAAAAACAUCGGGAGCGUACGUGGUGUAGCGGGAGCUAUUAAGUACGAGAUAAAAAGACAAAUAAAGUUGUUGGAGCAAGGAGAAAAAAUAGUCAACGAAACUUUGUCAUGGGACGCAGCGUACCAGAAGACUGUGAUGAUGAGAGACAAGGAAGAAAAACAGGACUACCGGUUCAUGCCUGAGCCAAAUUUACCUCCCUUGCGUCUUCAUAUGGGUCAGGGAGACAAUAAAUAUAAUCUUAUAGACGUUAACAGUUUUAAGAAUAAAAUUACAAGAUUGCCUAGUGAAAUUCGUCAGCAUUUUGUUAAUGAGUUUAAAUUAAUUCCAUUGAUGGCUAUAUCUAUUGUUGAUGAAAAAAAAUUGACGGAUUUAUUUGAAGAGACACUCGCUGAAAAUAAAAAUAGAAAUCCAAGAACUGUUGCCAAUGUUUUAAUGAAUGAAGUGAUGCAGUUUCUUAAUAAAAAUAAAUUAACACUGGAUAAUCUAAAUAUUUCUUCAAAACAGUUUGGACAGAUUAUUGAUUUAUUGGAAGCAAAAAAAAUUAAUUUGCUAGUUGUUAAUAAUAUUCUAGAAGUUUUGAUUAAAAAUCCCGAAAAAACACCUGAAGAAAUUGUGCAAGAAUCUAACUUGGAACUUAUAAAUGACGACGAAGAGUUACUAAAGUUAAUUAAUAAAAUUUUUGAAGACAAUCCUAAAAUGGUAAAAGAGUACCAAAACGGAAAGGACAAAGUACUGCGUGCGAUAAUGAAUCAAGUUAUUAAAAAAUCAAAUAACCGGGCCAAUUUGCAGAAAGCAUCAGAAAUGAUACGUAAACUGUUGAGACCAAAUCAAUUUAAAUAAAUAUAAAAUCAAGUACUGAAAAGAUAGUAAAUACAAAAGAAUUAAAGUAAGUAAAGCGCAAAACAAGAUGUCUUAUAAUUCACAUUAACUUUUAUAAUUGACUUCACAAGUACAAAAUCAAGUGGAAAUAAAUAUUUCGUUACACAAUAUUUGAUAAAGUGUCAUGAUUUAUAAUUUUAAUAAUCAAUAAUCGUUUUAAAUGAUUUAAUUUACAAUUCAUUAUUCUAAAUCAGCCAGAUCUUGAUAUCAAUAUAUUUCGACAUUCACCACAAGGGUGUAAUUUAAAGCUAAUUAUUCCUUUCGACUUAUAUUAACUUAAAAUAAUUAAAUAAAAAUUAUAAUUUCAUUAUUUUAUAAACAAUACACAAUUUUUAUUAAUCAUAAAUAAUUCAUUUUAAAAUUACACCCUAGCAGAGAUACUCUAAUCUUUGGAUCUUUGCAAGAGUGUCCAAUCAUUAUACUUAAAUUCGCUUUUAUUAAUAAUCAAUAAUUCAAAAAUAAAUACCUGGCUAAAUAUGUAAAUAUUCAUCUAAUAUUAAAUCGUGCUUACAAUCGUUAUUGCAUAUUCGUCACUACGCUUACAGUGUAAAUUAUUAUUUUUAUUUUAAAUAUACAAAUUAUUUUUCACUAAAUUAGCUUCGUUAAUUUGAUUGUUCCUUGAUAUAAAUAAUCAAAAGAUAUUUUUAAGCUAUACUAAAAAAUUGACUGGUGCAUUACACCUACAUUUAUUACUGUUAUAAUUAUUUAAGUUAAUUUUUCAGCAAACAGUUGUACAACAACGAUAUAUAUUAUGCAUUCAAGUUAUCGAUUGAACACACUUAAUACUAUCAUUUUAUAAUAUAAAACACAUAAACAUUUACGCAAUUCCAUUAUUUAAAUUCUUAUUAUCUAAAUGGUGUUACAAGAUCGAUUAUUUCAUUUUUAUUAUUUAUGAUUUCGCGUUCCAGAUGCCAUAAGGAUGUAUAAUAAAAAUUCUAUUUUUUUUUUUGUCCAAAAAAAAUUUUUAGUAUGGAAAAAAAUUUUUUUUUGCAUUUCUGGACAUUUCAUAAAAAAAUACGUCAGUUC